AUGGAUAUACCGUUCUUUCGGAUGUUUCUGCCACCGUCGAUGCCCCCUGGUACGGCGUCUUACGCAAAGGCGCAGGCCGCGGCACUCGUUUCCUACCUGAUCAACUCCGGCAACUACAGUCUCGCCUUUCCCGAGCACGUGCUGGACGCCGUUACCCACUGGCAUGGCCAGGCGCUGCGCGAGAAUCUCUGGGCGCCGUUGGGAAUGAAAGCGACAUAUUUCGAUGUAUGUGAUGCGCUGGCGGCGCUCUUGGCGGCCGGUCAUGUGUGGACUGAAGCAGCGGGGAACCAUAUACUCGUGGAUCAUAUGGCUGUCACAAAUUUCGAUGCCGCUGGACCGGUCACCUCAAUAUUCAAGGUCUACGUGAAAUAG